AUGUCUCUUGUCCCAUCCUUCCUCAUCCUGCUCCUCACCUGCCCUGCCCUCCUGACCCCAUCAGGUUCCCAGAGCCUGCAGCCUGGGGGUCAAAGGGCACCCAGGGACACAAAGCCAGAGGGUGGCGGGCAGCCAAUCAAAGUAGUGAUCUCUGAGGCGUGUGUUCAGGGGGACUCCAGUCAGACCCAGGGCAAGGAACUGGACCUUGAGCCUGGUUCUGCUCUAGUCCUUACCCAUCGGAUCCGACUGGUUCCGGGGUCGUGCGCAGGCGGGUGCGAGGCCGAGUUUGCUGCCCUGCGAGACCGUCUGGAGAGGCUGGAGAAGGAGGUGUCAUCAUUGAGGGAGAAGUGUGGAGGCCCAGAGGGGGGCUGCUGCACAUCCCAGCAGAGUAAAGGUGCAGAGUGCUCCAUCAAGCCGGAGGGAGACGAGUGUCCUAAUGAGUGCAGUGACCAGGGACGCUGUGAGGAUGGCAAGUGUGUCUGCUUCCCAGGGUUCAGUGGACCCGACUGCAGUUUGUCUGACUGCCCCGGCAACUGCAAUGACAAGGGGAAGUGUGUGAACGGGCAGUGUGUGUGUGACCCAGGUUUCACAGGGCCAGACUGCUCUUCAGAGUCCUGUCCUGGAAACUGUAACAACAAGGGAAGAUGUGUGAACGGGCAGUGUGUGUGUGACCCAGGUUUCACAGGGCCAGACUGCUCUUCAGAGUCCUGUCCUGGAAACUGUAACAACAAGGGAAGAUGUGUGAACGGGCAGUGUGUGUGUGACCCAGGUUUCACAGGGCCAGACUGCUCUUCAGAGUCCUGUCCUGGAAACUGUAACAACAAGGGGCGAUGUGUGAACGGGCAGUGUGUGUGUGAUACUGGCUUCACAGGCCCAGACUGCUCCACCAAGGCAUGUCCUGGAAACUGCAAAAACGGGGGGAAGUGUGUGAACGGUAAGUGUGUGUGUGAUAGCGGUUUUACAGGCCCAGACUGCUCCACCAAGUCCUGCCCUGGCAACUGCAGCAACCGUGGAAAGUGUGUGAACGGCCAAUGUGUCUGCGAUAGCGGCUUUACGGGGCCGGACUGUUCCGCCAAAGCAUGUCCCAAUAACUGCAGCAACAAGGGAAGGUGCGUGAACGGGAAGUGCGUGUGUGAAGUGGGCUUCAGCGGACAGGACUGCGCUGCUAAGGGCUGUCCCGAUAACUGCAGCAACAAAGGGCGCUGCGUGAAGGGGAGGUGUGUGUGUCGCCGUGGUUUCGCCCCCCCGGACUGCAGCCAGUGUGAAGCUGGGUUCACUGGAGCUGACUGUGGCACCGCCAUGUCUGGUGUGUCCCAGCUCAACACCAAGGACAUCACAGAAUCCUCUGUUACCCUCUACUGGACCCCGCCUCCAGUCCAGUAUGACACCUACCACAUCACCUUCGCCAGCCAGAAAGAGGGCGAUCAACAGAUAACAUCUCAAGUUGGAGGGAAGCUCACGACCUACACCCAAACAGGACUGGCGGCCGGGCAGGAGUACACGGUGACAAUCAAGGGAGAAAUAAAUAGGAGAAUGAGCACUGAGAGCACAGCAGAAUUCACAACCCUUAUCUCUGGACCCACACACCUUCGAGUUGUGAAGACAACCACAACAUCUGCAGUUGUCCAAUGGGAACAAUCGCAAGGAGACAUCGACAGGUAUCGCUUAACUGUUGCACCCAAUCAGACAGACGGAACAGCCAAGGGAAGACAAGACCUAACCCUGCCCCCUGAGAGGGACUCUGCCCAGAUUGACGGUUUGGACCCAGGACAUUUGUAUGACAUCACGCUAGUGGCUGAAAAGGGCGGGAUCAAGAGCAAGCCAGCAACAGUCCAAGUCACUCCUGGAAAAUCCACAGAGACAAUAUCCAGGGUGACCAUGGACACUGUGACCAUGCAGGUAGCACCAGGAGUAGCAAGCCAUGAAGACCCAGCAGGGAAUACAAAGCCUGUGAAGGCCAUCUACUACUCAAAGGCCAAGGGUGAAGAACCAGAGAGUGGAAAGAAUAGGAGUGGACCAGGCUCUGUAACAGUCAAAGGCACCAAUGGAACCAAAGAGGACCCAUCUGUUACAACCAGUAAAAGACCACUUGUCAACACAAAAUACAGGGUUGUACAUAAACCAGGUGAUAGAAUAACUUUGCCCAGGAAGCCAUACAUUGGAGACUCUAUCCGUUUUAAUGGUACAAGUGUAAGCCAGGGUGGGAGGAGAGUGGGUCACAGUCUUCUGAAAAAGCCUUCAAGCAGAAAUCCAUUGGUGGGGUCAAAGGUCAAGAAGACCUUAAAAACUGACACUAAAACAGAAAAUCCCAUUGUUUGGGACAGGACUAUAGCUAUAACUGUGAAAAACACUAAGCUGAAGACAAGUCCACUUGGAGAAAAAGAUGGAACUUCGACAAAGACAUAUCCUGUUGGAAUCCUUCCUGAAAAUGCCACUACGAGUUUUGGUUCUGAACAACCAACAGUGAUUCCCGGCUUAAAGGACCUACCUGAUAGGAAAAUGGGUACAGAGACUGAAACAAACGAGCCAGGGCAAGGGACAGAUGGCUUGGAGCCUACAACCACAUCAGAAACAAAUACUACUGUUCACCUGAACGGGAAGAAAUGUGUCAACAAGAUUAAAUUGACACACAGGAAAGUCAAUGUGACCUAUGCUCAGCCAGAGAGGGCACCAAAAUCAUCCAGUGAAUCAGAACAGAGUGGCAAAGAAGGCUAUUCAUCAUCAUCCUCCACUUCAGAGGAAUCAGACUCUACUAAAGAAAAUGCUGCAGUGGCAGAGAAUGGUAUUGCAGUAACAGAGGACGGUAUGAGCACAGACGCAGACAGGGCAACUGACGUGGUGUCGUCUGGAACUGAACGAAACAAGUCAAAGACUCUGACAGUGGGCGGCACACCACCCUCACACCGUCUACCUCCAAAGGGGACCCAACAAUGCCGCUCACACCCAAAUAUGGGACCAUUCCAAAAGAGGACACGAACAAACCUGAGACCCCCUCAGCAUCCAUCAAGAGGUCCCAUACGCAGACCUUUCCAACCUAAACUGACAAACAGAGACAACGGCAUCAUCAUCCACACCACUCAACCGGAGGAGCAGGGCACCUACAGAACCAGCCAGAAUGACACAAACACAGACCUUAAGCCUGAAACUCUCAUCAAGAGAGCAAAUACCACAGCUAGUAAAAUAGCAGAAGGUCAAACAUAUAUUAGAAAUAGCGGUAGCUUGAGCCAAAGUAGCCAAGAUUCAAAAACAGGUCAUCAUGACAAAGGGAGCCAAGUGAGUAAGACUGCUGAUUCAACAGACAGACCAAACCAGAUAAAUGGAUCAGAUGCCACUACUACUGGAAAAACAGGCCAGCCUCUAAACUCAGUGGGGGUUCAAAGCAUAACCUCAGGAGGGUUCGUACUUCUCUCUCCAGGGUCCUCCUAUGAGGUCAGUGUGAUAUCCGUCCUUGGACUGGACGAGAGCGAUGCAAUCAAAGACCUGGUUAUGACACUCCCUGACCCUCCGAGGGAUCUCCGGGCCAUUAAUGUCACAGACACCAAGGCCUUGCUGCUAUGGCGACCAGCACUGGCAACAGUCGACCGUUACGUCAUAGUGUAUGGCUCUGAAAAAGGAUCAGAUGAUGCCGAGAUCACUGUAUCGGGCAAUGCGGCGGAGCAGCAGCUGAAAGGCCUACAGGGCUCCACUAUGUACACCGUCACAGUCACCAGUCAGCUGGGCAACCUGGACAGCUCUGCCGCCAUCACCGUCUUCACCACCACCGGUGGAUCCAGGGGAGACGGGGAAGUCCCGCGUGACCUGAAGGCCAGUCAGGUGACUCCUCGCUCAGCGCUGUUGACGUGGAAAGCACCCUCUGCCGCCAUGGGAAGCUACAAGCUGACCUAUCAAACGGAGGGACAGGAGAUGCAGGAGGUUACCAUUGACUCCACAGUAACAGAGUUCAAAUUGACCAGGCUGCAUCCCAUGUCCAAGUAUACCGUGCAGCUACAGGGGGAGAGGGGAGGGAGCUAUACUGCUAAAAUUUCCACUGAGUUCACCACAGGGAAUCUCCGAUACCCCUUCCCAAGUGACUGUUCCCAGGAGCUGCUAAACGGGAUACAUGAGUCUGGAGAGGUGGAGAUCUUCCCCAAGGGAAGGCAGGGAAAACCAGUGUUGGUCUACUGCGACCAGGUGACUGAUGGAGGCGGAUGGACGGUUUUCCAGAGAAGGAUGGAUGGGAAAACUGACUUCUUCAGAGGCUGGAAAAACUACAGCAAAGGUUUUGGAGAACUGAGUGGGGAAUUUUGGCUGGGUAAUGAGAACCUACACAAUCUAACCAGCAUGGCACCAAUGACCCUACGUGUGGACCUCCGUGCAGGGGACGAAUCAGUGUUUGCCAAGUACUCUGCAUUCACAGUGGACACUGUUAGAAGGAACUAUGCUCUCAAAGUGUCUGGGUACAGCGGUACAGCAGGUGACUCUAUGAGUUACCACAACGCGCGCAUGUUCUCUACCAGAGACAGAGACCCCACGCCUUUCAUCACCCGCUGUGCCAUGUCCUAUAAGGGGGGUUGGUGGUACAAGAACUGCCACGAGGCCAACCUUAAUGGCCUCUACGACACCAGUGUCAAUCACCAGGGUGUGAUCUGGACUGCCUGGAAAGGCAAGGACUUGUCCAUCCCUUUCACUGAGAUGAAGCUCCGACCAACAUCUUUCACCCCUCCAACUCAGGGAUAA